AUGACGGCGACAAAGACUCCAAAUCUGUACAAUUCAAACAUAGUACAGCAGUUGCGCUCCGCGAGGUGUCUGUCAACUCGACGGAUCAUACACAAACAGCUCAUACGGCCGACCACAGCACUUGUGAACCAGACGUCACGAUCCCCUGUACACAGACUACUGCAGACUUCACCUAAGAAUAAGGAAUCGUUGAAUGUGGUGCAGCACGGCGACAAGGAAACUGCGUAUAAGAACACCAUCAACAAAAAGAACAGUGAUCCGACCGAGGUGGAUGAAGAGGAUGAGUCGCAAACAUUCAAAAAGUCGGAAAAAGCAGCUCAAGCCUCACAGAUCAACUUGAGCGCGAAAUUGUCGAGCUAUGGUAAAGAUGGAGAAGGCAAGACCGGCGGAGGCCGCGGUGAAGUCUGGAGAUUACUCAAAAUCGCUGCGCCUGAAGUCCGAACACUCAGUGUGGCUUUCGUCCUGCUCCUGAUCAGCAGUUGUGUCACAAUGGCUGUGCCGUUCAGCAUCGGCAAAAUUUUGGAUUCUGCCACACAGCCCGAUGGCAUCGUGUUCGGCCUGAAAUUGGAGUACUUUGUCGGAGCCAUGGCCGCACUUCUCAUGACUGGGGCGGCUGCUAACUAUGGACGCAUCGUCAUUCUACGUGUUGUGGGAGAGCGCGUGGUCAGUAAAUUGCGAAGUUCGCUUUUCAGGCGCACGUUUGUGCAGAAUGCAGAAUUCUUCGAUGCCAAUCGUGUGGGAGACUUGAUCAGCAGAUUGGGCAGCGACACCAUUAUUGUUGGCAAGUCGAUUACCCAGAAUGUGUCUGACGGUCUGAGGUCGAUGGUUUCCGCGACGGCUGCCUUGACAAUGAUGGCAUAUAUGAGUGUCAAGUUGAUGGGUGUGCUGGCCAUUGCUUUUCCGCCUGUUGCCGUCGGAGCUUUCCUGUAUGGACGCGCGAUUCGGAACCUGUCAAGACGGAUACAGAAGAAUCUGGGAACUUUGACCAAGGUCGCGGAAGAGCGGUUGGGCAAUGUGCGAACCAGUCAAGCGUUCGCCGGAGAACUACAAGAAGUCCAUCGCUACAAUAGCCAAGUCCGAAAGAUUUUUGGGCUCGGCAAACGCGAGGCUUUCAUUUCUGCGGCCUUCUUCUCUGCUUCCGGAUUCAUGGGCAAUGCUACAUUUUUGGCACUGCUAUAUAUUGGCAGUGGCAUGGUACGACAAGGGGCCAUGAGUGUCGGUGAUCUGACAACAUUUCUUAUGUACACUGGCUACGCUGGUAGCAGCGUAUUCGGUCUGUCGAGCUUCUACUCGGAGUUGAUGAAGGGGGUUGGCGCCGCCAGCCGACUCUUUGAGUUGCAGGACCGUGAGCCUACCAUCAGCCCUACCAAAGGAGACAUGGUGCGCAGUGCUCGCGGCACAAUUGAAUUCCGAGAUGUGGCUUUUGCAUACCCAACACGACCAGCAGUAGCCAUUUUCGAUGGCUUGAACUUUACGAUUCCUCAGGGAAGUAAUGUGGCUAUCGUGGCGCCAUCGGGAGCGGGAAAGUCGACCGUGGCCAGCUUGAUUAUGCGCUUUUAUACGCCCACCAGGGGAGAGAUCACAAUCAAUGGAAAGGACAUCACCAAGCUCAAUGCAAAGCAGUUGCGUCGCAAGAUUGGCUAUGUUGGACAAGAGCCGGUAUUGUUCUCGGGCACGAUUGCAGAAAACAUCGCAUAUGGUAGACCUUUGGCUUCAAGAUCCGAGAUUGUUGCUGCAGCCCGCCAAGCCAAUUGCAACUUCAUCAGCGAUUUCCCCGAUGGUCUCGAAACCUUCUGCGGUGCCCGUGGAACCCAACUCUCCGGCGGCCAGAAGCAACGCAUAGCCAUCGCUCGUGCCCUUCUGAAGAAACCUGAUAUCCUCAUUCUAGAUGAAGCAACGUCAGCUCUCGACGCCGAAUCUGAAACGCUCGUGAAUGAAGCCCUUCAAACUCUUCUCCGAGGCGACAACACGACAAUCUCUAUCGCCCAUCGUCUGUCCACUAUCCAACGCAGUGAUACAAUUAUCUGCAUUGGCACCGAUGGCAAAGUCGCUCAAAUGGGACCUUAUACCGAGCUCGCUGCUGACAAAGAUGGGGCCUUUGCGAAGUUGAUGGAGUGGCAAUUGACGGGCCCACCUACCAAGAAGCGUGCGGCCAAUAUCGAAGACGAGGAUAGCGAGGAGUUGACCGAAGAGGAGAGGAUGAGGUUGAGGAUGCAGGAACAUGAUCAUGCCAAGGGCUUGACCGAGGAGGAGAAAGGAGAAGAAGAGGAACGAAGAGUUAUGAUGACGAAAUAG